UCAAAUUGUAUUUUCUUUCAGGAUUUGAUUAAUGAACUCAAGAGUGAGCUUAGGGGUAACUUUGAAGACGUUAUAAUUGCCCUCAUGACGGAACCAAUAGAAUUUCAAGCCAAAGAACUCCAUAAAGCUAUAAGUGGAUUGGGCACAGAUGAAAAUACAUUAGUUGAAAUCUUAGCGACUCAUGAUAAUGAUACCGUAGUUCGCAUUUCAAAUGCAUAUGAAGGAUUGUAUCAAACCUCCCUAGAAGCUGAUAUCAAAGGAGAUACAUCAGGCACUCUGAAGAGAUUGUUAGUAGGAUUAUCCACGGGUAACAGGGAUGAAUCAGAUGUUAUUGAUGAGGAAGCUGCAUUCAAUGAUGCUCAAGCAUUACUCCAAGCAGGAGAACUUCUUUUUGCUGGAACUGAAGAAUCCACAUUUACUGCUGUUCUGUGCCAACGCAACAGACCCCAGUUGAGAAUUAUUUUUGAUAAAUAUGAGGAAAUCGUGGGACAUUCCAUUGAGAAGGCCAUCGAGAAUGAAUUCUCUGGUAAUAUCAAGGAGGCCAUGUUACAACUCAUUGCAUGUAUUCGAGAUAGAACUUUAUAUUUAGCUACAAGGCUUCAUGAUGCAAUGAAAGGGCUAGGCACAGAUGAUAGGACUUUAAUUCGAAUAGUUGCAUCAAGAUCAGAAAUUGACCUGGAGGAUAUCAAAGAAGCCUAUGAGGCUGCUUAUGGAAAGAGCCUAUCAGAAAGAAUAGCGGAUGACACAUCUGGAGACUACAAAAAAGCCCUUCUGGCCAUUGUCGGCUAAAAUCAGAAUUUCAUGAUGAAGUUUCGUCGGAUUUGAAGAAAACUUUACUUGCCCUUGUUCGAUGAAUCCGCUUUUCACUAUUUUAAUAUGUAUUAAAAUUUUAUAUAUAGGUUUCCAUAAGAGAUUAAAAUUUGAAAUGAUUUACUAUAUAUUUCCUAUUGCUGUAUAUUGCAAGUAGAGAAAAUAAAAAAUUGUUUGGUA